ACCAAGACUUGCAGCCACGUGACUUGGGUUAUGUCCCAUUUUUGGCACCUGCGUGCUGAGGGACCUUGGAAUGGCCAGGCCCUGGGGGAAGAAGCUGGACUGGAGCCAUCCAAGGAUGAGGGCGUUCUGCAGGAGUUCUCCAUCACACACCACGUCAAGGCUGGCUCUGAGAAGGCGGACCCCUCCCAGUUUGAGCUCCUCAAGGUCCUGGGCCAGGGAUCCUUCGGCAAAGUGUUCCUGGUGCGGAAGGUCACCCGGCCCGAUAACGGGCAUCUGUACGCCAUGAAGGUGCUGAAGAAGGCGACCCUGAAAGUGCGAGAUCGCGUCCGGACCAAGAUGGAGAGGGACAUCCUGGCUGACGUCAAUCAUCCGUUUGUGGUGAAGCUGCACUAUGCCUUCCAGACCGAGGGCAAGCUCUACCUCAUUCUGGACUUCCUGCGUGGUGGGGACCUCUUCACACGGCUCUCCAAGGAGGUCAUGUUCACAGAGGAGGACGUGAAGUUCUACCUGGCUGAGCUGGCUCUGGGCCUGGACCACCUGCACAGCCUGGGCAUCAUCUACAGAGACCUCAAGCCUGAGAACAUCCUUCUGGACGAAGAGGGCCACAUCAAGCUCACUGACUUUGGCCUGAGCAAGGAGGCCAUUGACCACGAGAAGAAGGCCUACUCCUUCUGCGGAACGGUGGAGUACAUGGCCCCCGAGGUCGUCAACCGCCAGGGCCACGCCCACAGCGCCGACUGGUGGUCCUAUGGGGUGUUGAUGUUUGAGAUGCUGACGGGCUCCCUGCCCUUCCAGGGGAAGGACCGGAAGGACACCAUGACGCUGAUUCUGAAGGCGAAGCUAGGCAUGCCCCAGUUUCUGAGCACAGAGGCCCAGAGCCUCCUGCGGGCCCUGUUCAAGCGGAACCCUGCCAACCGGCUCGGCUCCGGCCCUGACGGGGCAGAGGAGAUUAAGCGGCACGUCUUCUACUCCACCAUUGACUGGAACAAGCUGUACCGUCGGGAGAUCAAGCCACCCUUCAAGCCAGCUGUGGCUCAGCCGGAUGACACCUUCUACUUUGACACCGAGUUCACAUCCCGCACGCCCCGGGGUGUGUCCUUUGUGGUGGUCUGUGUGGGGCCGGUACGGGGCGGGGGAAGCAGGGACAUAGGACUGGUAAGACUCGGGCAGGCGCCGUGUGUGGGGCCACAGACCCAGCACCUCUACCCCCCUGUCAGACUGCAGUCCUGGCUGCUGGGAGCCAGCGAGUCUGCCCAGCACAGAGAGCAGCAACUCCACGGGAAGAACCUGGUGUUCAGUGACGGCUACGUGGUGAAGGAGACGAUUGGUGUGGGCUCCUACUCCGUGUGCAAGCGCUGCGUGCACAAGGCCACAAACAUGGAGUACGCCGUCAAGGUCAUUGAUAAGAGCAAGCGGGACCCCUCGGAAGAGAUUGAGAUUCUCCUGCGGUACGGGCAGCAUCCCAACAUCAUCACCCUGAAGGAUGUCUAUGAUGAUGGCAAACACGUGUACCUGGUGACGGAGCUGAUGCGGGGUGGGGAGCUGCUGGACAAGAUCCUACGGCAAAAGUUCUUCUCGGAGCGGGAGGCCAGUUUCGUGCUGCACACCAUCAGCAAGACGGUCGAGUAUCUGCACUCACAGGGGGUGGUGCACAGGGACCUCAAGCCCAGCAAUAUCUUGUACGUGGACGAGUCCGGAAACCCAGAGUGCCUGCGCAUCUGUGACUUUGGCUUCGCCAAGCAGCUGCGGGCUGAGAACGGGCUCCUCAUGACACCGUGCUACACUGCCAACUUUGUGGCCCCCGAGGUGCUGAAGCGCCAGGGCUACGACGAAGGCUGCGACGUCUGGAGCCUGGGCAUCCUGCUGUACACCAUGCUGGCUGGAUACACUCCGUUCGCCAACGGGCCCGGUGACACCCCAGAGGAGAUCCUGACCCGGAUUGGCAGUGGGAAAUUCACCCUCAGCGGGGGCAACUGGAACACAGUUUCAGAAGCAGCCAAGGACCUGGUGUCCAGGAUGCUGCAUGUAGACCCCCACCAGCGCCUCACAGCCAAACAAGUCCUGCAGCACCCAUGGAUCACCCAGAGAGACAAGCUCCCCCAGAGCCAGCUGUCCCACCAGGACCUGCAGCUGGUAAAGGGAGCAAUGGCCGCCACGUACUCUGCACUCAACAGCUGCAAGCCCACCCCCCAGCUGAAACCCAUUGAGUCAUCUAUCUUGGCCCAGCGGCGGGUGAGGAAGCUACCGUCCACCACCCUGUGAGGGGCCGCACGUCCAGGCCGCAGGGCAGUGCCAGCUCGGGAGGCAGCGCACUUCCCAGAGGGAGCAGGCCUGAGUCACAGGACCAGAGGGAGCUGGCGCCUCGAGAGGCCCAGGAAGCAGCCAGCCCAGAUCACCCCCCAUGAGGGUGUGAGAAGUGCCUUCUCCUUCCCCAGGAUGGACUCUUCUCAGUCAGGCUCUGCCCGUUGGAACUGAGUCACUGUGCAAACUCAUCUUUUUUUUAAGGGAAGAAAUGGCAUCAACCACCACGGAUUUUGACCAGAUCCGUUUGCCUUUCUGGGAGCAGGAGUAGCCAGUGCAGGCCGGGAGCAGCGUUGAGUCCUGCUAAGACUGCGUGGCUGAGGCUGAGAGCAGCUUGGGGGGGCGCGGGGGAGGGGAACCCCACCACUGGCCCUCUGAUGCCAUCUGCACACGCGUCCGGCAGUCGGAGCAGCCCAGCGGUACCUCCUGAGCAGAGCCUCUGGCUGGUUAGAACUCUCUCUCCCUGGUCCUUUUUAGUUCCAUUCUGUGGGGGUGGCCCCAGAACCACAUCCUGCCAGAGGUGAGGACCACCGCCUUGCCGACUCCCAGCUCCAGGCACCAGCAUCCGCCCCGCCCGCACCCCACCCCCCACCCGGUCCCCUGCAGUCGAGCUGGGCAACCCCAGGGGCAGGAUCAGAAAAGCACUUUGGGGCCCACUUCUGCUGGGGUCUGAGUGUGUGACGGGAGACCAGUGGGGCUGGCCGAGGCGGGCAGGGGCUCUUUGUGUGUGUGUUUCAUUUCUUCCUCAGCUGGUAACUCAGGGUUCAUCUGUCCAUGGCCUUUCUAGUAAACAUACAGCUGAGCUGAAA